CUAGCAUGCCUGCAACCACUUCUCUUAAUAAAGGAUUCCUGUUGGAAGAAUUAUUCCAAGAGUUCUGUCUUCUUAAGAUGCAAAGUGGGGUGGGUCCUUACAGUCUCUUUACUGUCAUUUCUGGUCAGUCUAAGAGAAAUGAGUUGAUGCCUUUCUUUCUCUGUAACCCUUUUAAUAUUUAUUCAAUAAAACUUUUGUUUUUGGUAUUUCAGUACGAGCUAACUGAUUUGAGUUAACUGAAUCCUAAAUAAUCUAUUGGCUUCCAGAUGGCCACUCAGUGACCACAGAAUAUGUAAUUAGGAAAAUACUGGCUGGUAUUUGUUUGCCUGAUUGUUGGUAACUGGUGUUAUUGAAUUAGGAUGGGAAUAAUAAAAUAAAAUAACAUCUGUGUUUCUGGCUAAAUAAAUAUUUAAGAAACUGAGUUAGAAACCAAUUAAUAGAUUUUUCACCUACAUAAAAAACUGAAUUAUUUUUUUUCUUGGACCAACCACCAAUUCUUUUCUCCUCCCUUCUCCUUUAGUAUACCAUGUAACUUAAGAGUUUAUAGCUUUAAUGUCUUACUUUGCCAAAGUUUUUUUUAAAAACUAUUGCUGUAACAACUACUUCUCAUUAAAUAAACUUAAAAAAAAAUUUAAUAUGACAUUCAGGUUUGCAUUCUUCAGGACAAUAAUUGAAUACAAACACAUACAUCCACAAAUCUAUUCCUUUUAUUCGUGGAAACAGAAAAUUGGGUAUGUCAGUAUGAAAGAAUCUUUCCUCUAAAGUACAGUAAGCUCAUUAUGGGAACAGCUAAAGACAACUUUCAGCAACCAAGUAACAAUGCUUUGCAAUUAUAAUACAGUACCUAAACUCUUUAUAGUUUCCUCGUCUGCUGCUUGCUUUCCAUUCAACUAACAAACAGUAUCUCCUUGUUCAUAUUGUGAUUCCCACUCAUUUUCCUCUCCCAAUUUCAAUUCUAUUCCAAAAGCCGUGGAUAGGAAAUCCUUUGGUCUCUCUUUCUCUUCCCCCCUUCCCUUUCUUCAAUUACCUCAUACAUGGGCUGGCAGUUUUUAGUCGAGGCAUGCAUUUGUUUAAGAAACACACCCAAGUGUGCUGUGCUGUAUAUGGAAGCAAGUUCAGCUGUUGCUGGUUAGUGCAGCUCAGAAUGCAAAUGAAAGGAACAGGCACAGCAGCUAGAAAAUCUCUCCAUCUUUUCUGUUGCAGAAGGAAAUUAUUUAGAUAGAUAGGUCAUUCAUUAAGCUAAAAGUGGAGGAUAUGUAUUUGGAUAUAAAUAUAACAAAAUAAAAUAACAUAGAACUGUGCUAGCCAACUUAUUAGCACCGGGAGGAGGAAAUAUACAGAAAAAGCCUCUGAAGUUUUAUUUUAUUUCAGAAGAAAGAGUCAUCAGAAGUUCACUUGAAAAUGAAGACAAUCCCGUGGAUUUUGAGUUUGUUAGUAAUGCUAUUAUCAAACGGGUAUUAUACAGUAGAGACUAAACUUAAAAAAUCCUUUCCUAAACGAAAUCCACGUUCUACAGAAGAGGGUAAGGAAGGGAAAAAGUGUGGCUACACAUUUAUUGUUCCGGAACAAAAAAUAACUGGACCAAUUUGUGUCAACACUAAAGGCCCAAGUCCAGGAAACAAAAAAGAUGAAAUUACUAGGAUGGAUAUUGAGAAUUUGAAGGAAGUAUUAUUCAAGCAAAAGCGAGAGAUUGACCUCUUGCAGUUAGUGGUGGAUGUGGAUGGAAAUAUAGUGAACGAAGUAAAAUUGCUGAGAAAAGAGAGUCGUAACAUGAAUUCACGUGUUACUCAGCUGUAUAUGCAGCUCUUGCAUGAGAUAAUUCGCAAACGAGACAAUUCACUGGAGCUUUCCCAACUGGAAAACAAAAUCCUCAAUGUUACAACUGAAAUGUUGAAGAUGGCAUCAAGGUACAGAGAGCUUGAAAUAAAGUAUGCAGCACUAACUGACCUUGUAAAUAAUCAAUCGGUAAUCAUCACACUUUUGGAAGAACAAUGUCUGCGAAUAUUCUCACGGCAGGAUGCACAUGGUUCACCACCACUAGUUCCAGUGGUGCCUCAUCACAUUCCUAAUAGCCCACAUUACAACCCUAUGCUGCUUGGAAGUAAUGAAAUUCAGAGAGACCCAGGUUAUCCUAGAGAGAGAGAUGUAAGGCCACCCCCUGAUCCAGCUACUUCGCCUACAAAAAGUCCUUUCAAGAUUCCACCAUUAACUUUAAUAAAUGAAGGCCCAUUCAAAGACUGUCAUCAGGCCAAACAAACUGGCUAUUCUAGCAGUGGGAUUUAUAUGAUCAAGACCGAAAACAGUCAUGGACCAGUGCAGUUAUGGUGUGACAACAGCCUUGAUCCUGGAGGCUGGACAGUUAUUCAAAAAAGAACAGAUGGUUCUGUGAACUUCUUCACAAACUGGGACAAUUAUAAGAAAGGGUUUGGAAAUGUUGCUGGAGAAUACUGGCUGGGACUGGAAAACAUUUACUUGCUCUCCAAUCAGGAUGAUUACAGACUUCUGAUUGAAUUAGAAGACUGGAGUAAUAAGAAAGUCUAUGCAGAAUACAGCAGUUUUCGACUGGAGCCAGAGAGUGAAUAUUAUCGACUACGUUUAGGCACUUAUCAAGGGAAUGCUGGUGAUUCCAUGAUAUGGCACAAUGGGAAACAGUUUACAACAUUGGACAGAGACAGAGAUAUGCACACAGGAAAUUGUGCUCACUUUCAUAAAGGAGGUUGGUGGUACAAUGCUUGUGCUCAUUCUAAUCUCAAUGGAGUAUGGUAUAGAGGAGGACACUACAGAAGCAAACACCAGGAUGGGAUUUUUUGGGCCGAAUACAGAGGAGGUUCAUAUUCAUUGAAAGCAGUUCAGAUGAUGAUUAGACCUAUUGAUUGAGACUACCAAAACGUUUUUAAAAAAAUUAAUACCAGAGUUUGAAGCAGAUGUCAUUUUUCAAGAUCUUCUUUGGAGAACUCUACCAAGUAUUCUUUUAAAUCCUCGCUAUAUUAUAUAUGUUAAUUUUUAUACAUUUUAAUUAUAGAGCAAAACUGAAGGCUGCAUUUAAAAUAAUUCUCUGUUCAUAUAAGAUAUGAAUAUUAACUGCAGCUAUUAAACUUACCAGUUUUUCAAGAUCAGGAGGAAAAAUUAAUAGAUAUAAAAUAACAGAAUUUUAAAGUUCAAGUAUGAAACAUUUUUUUAAUGUGUUAAACAGUCAAAUCAAUUCAUUCUCAUAUGAUUAAAACUAUUUCAGUUUUUAUUUCAGAGACCUGAAUAUUAGGGAAAAAAAUUCUUUAGAGAUCCUUAUACACAAUGAGACAAAAGAAUUGGAGAGAAACUCUAGUUUUGCAAAUGUAUUUUGCAUCAAAUAAAGUACUAUCAUUUCAUUAUUGCAACAGUUACUAGAUAGCUCUCGAGUUACAAUGGCAAUUGGUUCAGGAAUUUCCAUCACUAAGCGAUGUGAUAAUAAAAUAUGAUGUCAUAUGACAUUGUUUAGAAUGGCAAUUCCUGCAGUUCCUGCUGCCAUCAUUAAGUGAGGAUCAUGGGUCCUUAAGCGAGAGCUCCUUGUAACUUCCUGCUGGCUUACAACAACCAAAGUUAGUGGGAUGUGCUAUUAGCUACAAUUCAGUGUCUGACUUUGAAUCUGAUGAUGUUGCUCCAGCUUCAGAACUGUCAGACUCAGGAAUCAGUAAGUAAGAAUUCAAUUAUGGCCUCUCAGUCACAGGUAUCUCCUAUUCCCAAGUCCCAGAUCUAGGCUCAAACAGAAGUGAGCAAAGCAACAUUCCUCUACAUGGCUUCUAAUAAAAUAAAGGGCAAAGCAAGAGUAACUACAGUCAGUGGGUUGCAGACACAUUUGAUUAGUUCCUGAGCGUUCAAGCCCUUGUUGGAAACAACCAUUUGGCUAUCCAGCUCUUGAAUCAUGAGUCUGCUUCUUGCUUGUGACUCUUGACCUUUGGACUGGCUGACUGCCCAAUUUGGCAUCCUGGAUAUUUUGGAACAUCUCUGGACUAUGCUGUUGUUUCUUUGACUGUAUCUGGCUCCCUUCAGGCAAGCAUUCUUUACUGGGCAUUUGAAUUUCAUUCCUGUCUGCUCUUAUCUGCCUAAACUGCAGUAAAAAUUCCUGCUUCUACAGUACUUUGCUUUUGUCUGUGUGUCAGCAUCUUAAAAAAGAACAGGAAGCUGACCGGAAGUUGCAAGCUCCAGGCAGCUUGCAAGCAGAUAGGUGGUAAGAAACUGCUGCUGGAUGGAAGGAGGUGUGUGAGUGGUGAGAGAGGCAUGGUGCAAGUGUGGGGAGACUUGGGAUGGCUGCUGCUGGGUGGAAGAGAGUGCAUGAAUGGGAUCCACAGCAAGAGUGGGACACGGCUUAGGGUAGCUGUUGCUGCAAGGGAGAAGGAUGUGUAAGUGUUAGGGACACACCAUGUGAGUGCUAAGGGUCCCAGGGAUGGUGUGAGAGAGUGCAAGUAGCUGGUGAGGUGCAAAUCCACAGAGGCUGGGAGACAGUGCAUCAGUGAGGCUUACCCAAAAGUUGUAACUUUCUCUGCCAACUUCCCUAUUGACUUAACUUGUGGGAAGCAGGCAGGGAAGGUUGCAAAUCAAGUUCAUGUAACCGCAGGGUGCUGCAACUUAACCUUGUUAAGAGCCAACUGGAUCCCCUAAAUUACGAUCCCAUGAUCAGUGAGAUGCUGGGAUGUCCAGAAAUUCAAGGACUGGUUGUAACCAUCAUUUGUUUAGUGCUAUAAUAACUUUGAAUAGUCGCUAAACAAGUGGUCAUUAAUUGUGGACUACCUGUAUUUUACAGCACAAUUUUCUUAGGACAUGGGAAUCCUACUUACUCUGGAUCAGAAAUCACAUAUUAUUUUGAAAGUCAAAUCCAAAAUUAGUAGCAUUGCUACAACACUGUACAUUAGACUAAUGUUAUUAAUCCUAUAUUACAAACUGGAGUUAAGACUUAAGAAACAAAGUUGUGUACUUAUUAAAGAAUGAACUGUUUCAGGAGUUACAAACAACUUAAUUUAUGCUUUUAAUAAAGUUCAGUGUACUAGACAUGUUCUGUGAAAUAAAUUGAUUUCAACAGUAUUUAAUGACUGAGUAAUGUAUUUAAAAUAUGUUAGAGUUAGAAUUAAAGUAUAUACAGAUAUCAUCUAUUAGUUUAAAAAUAUUCAGAAUAUUUCAGUACUAUGUUCCAGGAGAUGGGGGAAUACCUGUAAAAUAGUAUUUCCAAUCUCCUAAAGCUUCUAUUUAAUUCAGCACAUCACACAGCCAUGACUAUAUGCUAUCUCUUACUGCAAAAUAUAGUUUUUGUAAAAAAAUAAAUGACUCAACCCUCCCAAAUAUUAAAUACCAUUUAUAAUGCUAAGAUUGAUUAUAUAUCUUUUAUAUUCAUUUCAGUGUAUAGAUAGUUUUCCCACAACCACAACUGGAACCAGAAUUCUGGUCAUAAGUUGUUGUGGUUGGUAAGUUGAGACACGAUGUGACCAGACUCAAUUUUACAACUGUUUAAUGAUAGUUGUAAGUUACAGCAGUUAUAAACUGAAUCAUAUAUUGCUAAGCAAAUCCAUUCUUCCAAAUGGGCAUUUUUUGCCAGGAAGUGCAAAAAAAAGUUGUAAGUUGUGGUCAUGUAACUGCAGGACACUGCAACUAAUCAUAAAUGCAAGCUAGUUGCCAAGUGCUCAGAGUGUGGAGGAGGGGGGCAGCAGUCAUAAGUUUGAGGAUGGGUUGAAAGCAGCUUUUAAAAAAGUUCAUUGAUCAAAUGAUGGUUGAACAGCUGGUUGUAAGUCGAGGAUUACCUUUAUAGAAACUUCCACUGCACAGCUACUUCCUGACGCUCUGAUUAUUAUUUAAUAAUAUACUAACCAGUGUUUCAUGGUGGCUUUCAAUACAAUAAAAACACAAACAAAAAAACAACUAAAUUUGA